ACGACCUCCCUACGAGAACAUGCCUCUCGCAAAGGAUCUCCUUCAUCCCUCUCCAGAGGAGGAAAAGAGGAAACACAAGAAAAAGAGCCCCACUUCCUACUUUAUGGAUGUGAAGUGCCCAGGAUGCUAUAAAAUCCCCACGGUCUUUAGCCAUGCACAGACGGUAGUCCUGUGUGUCGGCUGCUCCACUGUCCUCUGUCAGCCUACAGGCGGGAAAGCAAGACUGACAGAAGAAUGCUCCUUCAGGAGGAAGCAGCACUGAAAAG